UAAGGCAGUGAAUGUAUUUGGUUUUUUCUGAUUGAUUUUUGUUUCAUUCUACGUUUAGUUCACUUAUCAAAUUAUCGAACUGUAUCAGUGGGUUAUCUGUAAAUUUAACAAUUUUUAAUUCAAGUCUUACAAAAGACUAUUAACCGAUAAAUUCCACUUCAUUUUGCACGGAAUCGCUUCUCCUGGUAUUUAAUUCAAAUUUUUGAGAUUUUUUCCGUAACAAUGAAUCUUGUUUUGUGUUUAUGCUACAUUGUUUUAAUUCAUCUCACUGCAAAUAUAUUGCCCAUCGAUGGACAGUCAAGUUCACGGCAAGAACCCAAUCUGCUAAUAUACACUGGAAAUUUGUUGCAAAAUUUUUCCAAUUUGGUACAAAAUAGCUCCGACAUGGUAAAAAAUGAAAUAAAUUCAGCACUGACGAGUAUUCACAAUAGCUUCAAGCAACUGCUAGAUCCGCCGGAAAAUGCAGCCAUCUUUCGCGUGUUCAAGACUUCGGAUUGCCGACCAAGCGUCAGUUCUACCCUGGCGUCGGCGCUGGUCAACGUCUUCGUCAACGGCAGCCGAUGCGUCACGGACAAGAUCGACGAGACGGGCCACGCGAUCGUGGAAACGUCAAACACUACGGGACUGGCCGUCGAAUCUAUGGGCAUUUUCGUGGAGGACGGCAGAUUCUGCCUGAGGAAGCAUCCGAGAUUCGAGAAUUUCGGCCGAGCUCUGCUGUGCACCGUCAAAGCCAAACUCGAGAAAGGCUUCGUGGAGAUCACCGAGGCUCCGACAUUGGUGAGGAACAUCAAUAUCUUAGCCACGCUGCUUCUCGUCGACAUCCCGAAUUUGCCGCAGGUGUUCGGGCUGUGCGUCUCGAACAAAGCUCUGCUGGUCGUCGCGCAAGAGGGCAAAAAAUUGUUCAACAAGCUCGCCGAGUGCUUGAGCAGAAAGCUGCCGAGUUUCGCGUGACGAACGAACGUGUUGCCGAACGAUGGAUAACAUAGACUCGUUAAUUAGCCGCUAAUCAAUCACGCGUAUAGUUGCUCUGCUCUAUUAUAUAAUAUAUAAAUAUGUGAAUCAAGUCAUGCGCGAAUAAUUAAUUUUCUGCCGAUCA